AUGAACGAGAUAAUUCUCCAACCAUUGCAUGAUAAAAUAGCCAGUAUACAAUUAAAUUGUCGACAAUGCAAUAUCCAGCGAGCGUUUGUCAAUGAUAUCCCUGUUGAUUUUGUGUACAAGGACCCUCUUACCGAGAUAAAGCUGGAUGACGAUGCCAACAUCGCACACCAUCAAGCUUAUAAAAGCAAAUACCUGGCAGCUCUCCGAGAGUCUGAUAGGGGCGAACUUACACUUUCACUACCAUCCAAUUGCAUCCAACAACUUCCCGAUACCAAUCAUCACAUUACUACAGAUCUAUCCACAACACUACAAGGUGGCAGUACUCCAACAAAAGAUGAUUCUUCUUCUGGGUCAGGAAUGACUUUCUCUCCUCUCACGAUUCGCAUCCUUUAUACGCUCGAUACACCGCGUAAUGGCAUUGCCUUUGUCGAACCAGAUAUCAACGCCGCUCCUUAUCGUUAUCAGCAUGUAUAUACUGUAAAUCAGCCGCUUCCUGGAGCUACACGCACAUGGCUUCCUUGCAUAGAUACUGUGUCAGAUCGAUGUACUUGGGAUAUGGAGUUUAUUGUGCCUCGAAGAAUGAGGUCUAUGCAUUAUCUAAAUGAUAUGGAGAAUUCACACGAUCCUGAAGAGGAGACACUGGUGAUAUGUAGUGGUGAAAUGACGGAGCAGGUCAUACAUCCUAUGGAUGCAUCAAAGAAGAUUGUCCGUUACAGCCUUCCGGUCCCCACUGCUGCCCCAUUUAUCGGUUUCGCUGUUGGACCAUUUGAGAUGAUCAAACUUACACCUUCUCAGCUUCAAGAUGAGCUAUUGGUUGACGCCGAUCUCGAUGAAAACCAGCAACAAUGUCUGCUAGCAGAAAUCAACAUGAUGUCGAAUAUCUACGCAUUUGCUCUCCCAGGCCAAAAGGAUGCACUUAUCAACACUUGUACAUUUCUUAUGCAUGCUAUGCAUUUUUAUGGCCAGGAGUAUGGUUCUUAUCCGUUCAAUGAUUACAAGAUCGUCUUCAUCGAAGAUGCCUGGAGUGAUAUAUCGACUACUGCGUCAAUGAGCAUUUGCAGCUCUCAUCUUUUACAUCCACCGGACAUUAUCGACCAAACAUAUCACUCCUGUCGGAUUUUGAGCUUGGCACUAGCUCGUCAAUGGUUUGGAGUCCAUAUAUCGCAAAAAGCAUGGCCUGAUAUCUGGUUGAUCUGUGGAUUAGCCAAUUUGAUGGCAUCAUUCUUUAUUAAACGUUUUCUUGGCAUGAGCGAAUAUCGCUUACGGCUAAAACGGGAUAUUGAGUUGUGCUACAAUUUGGAUGUGGAUCGAGCUCCGCUUUACAACCAAGCACUGCCGUCACCGCUUGACCCAGAAGAUCUCGAUUUUGUUAAUCUGAAGGCACCUCUAGUCCUAUAUAUGCUUGACAAGCGUAUGUGCAAAGGCGGUAGCGCCUUUGGUCUCUCACGCGUCAUUUCCAACAUCCUCUUGUCAGCUAUGAGUGGUGAACUUGCCCAGAACCUUAUCAGCACCCAUUACUUUCUCAAACUGUGUCGCAAAAUCAGUGGCUAUGACACGCGUAUCUUUGCCGACCAGUGGAUAUACAAGAGUGGCUGCCCCAAGUUCACAUUUUCAUACAUCUUCAAUCGAAAAAAGAUGGUUGUUGAGUUUUAUAUGAAGCAGGAGAACAGUAAUGCCCAGGCUGGAGUUAAUCUCACGGACUAUCUUGCCACACCAAUAUUUACGGGCAAUUUGACGGCACGGAUUCAUGAAGCUGAUGGUACUCCUUAUGAGCAUAUUCUUGACAUACAAAAUAUGGCGCACAAGUUUGAAGUACAAUUCAACACCAAGUAUAAGCGCAUUCGUCGCAAUACGAAACGAUUCCUUGCUAAGCAGGCGGCUGCAGCUGCAGCAGUGGCAGGGGAAGACGCUGAGAAUGAUCAAGAAAAUGCUGGUGGUGGAACAACUGAUCUGGGUAUCACCCCAAUGCUCGGUCUUGGUAUGGCAGUAUUUGAGAAUGAUGACGAGCGCAAAGAAUGGCACGUUACAGAAUGGGGUCAAGAUGAAGAGGAUACCAGUGGCGCAGCUAGUGCAACAUUCGACUGGAUUCGCCUAGAUGCCGAGUUUGAGUGGUUAUGCAAGCUUGAAUUCCAACAACCUGAUUAUAUGUGGGCUGCACAGUUGACAAAGGAUCGUGAUGUGGUUGCACAAUAUGAGGCUUUAUGUGCGCUGAAGCAAAUGCCUUCACUUCAGACUUCCACGAGCCUGUUACGUUCUUUGUUGGAUCCUAAAUGUUUUUAUAAGAUUCGCAUGGAAUCUGCUUACGCGCUUGCUUCGUGUGCACUUCCGAAUAUCGAUUGGGUUGGUCUUUUGCAAUUGAGCAAAAUGUUCUACACACGUUAUUGUUUUCCAAGUUCCUCGCCUCAUAUGGACAUUGACGAUGGCAUUCCACUGGUUUCCGGUGUUCCCAGGCCUAACGACUUUUCGAACCUUCCCAAUUACUUUAUCCAAAAAGCCAGCAUUAUUGCGUUUUCUCACGUUCGAGAUGAAUAUGGUCUGGUACCUCUGAAAUUGCGUCAAUUCCUCCUCGAUCUGCUAAAGUACAAUGACAACACUGGCAACGAGUUCUCGGAUAAUUACUAUGUCGCAACCGUGAUAUCCGCCCUAGGGGAUGCUCUCAUUCCUUCAUCCGCUGAUAUAAAUGCAGCAUUGCAUAUGGAUGGCAUGGAAGGUGAACAAUUGUUGGAAGCAGCCAAAGCAGAGAUUGAGCGGUUCAGGACACUGGAUUACGUGGUUCCUUCUUAUCAUAACGUUGUCACGAUCAGUUGCCUCCAGACUUUGACCAAAUUAAUGGUAAAUGGACUGAUGGAUGUUGACCUGAAACUCUUUCUGCUCUACACCAGAUAUGGCAAUUACUUUGGUGUACGCUGUGCGGCUUUCGACAGUCUCCUCGUUAUCUGCGGGCUAUCUAACAAUGAUUUCACCGAUUACAUCUUCAGUAUCAUCAAACAUGACCCCUCGGUUCACGUAUCACACUAUGUCGCUCGAUCGAUGCUUGCUUGGCUUGGAUUAGCUAUGAAAGAAAAGCUACAGGACGGACAUUACAACACCGUCGAAGAAUUUGCCGAGGAGGAAGGCCAUGUGGCUAUCCAAGAUCAGCAAAAUCAAUCACACGUGCGUUCGGCAACUGAUGAGAGCAUCCAGAGUCUUCGGAGGCGCUUUGAGAACGACAUUGAUCUACAAGGGAAACUCUGGGACUUAUUGACAUCUGCAGAAACAUUACCGUUGUUAGAUCAUUGCAUUCGUAAAUACCUGUUACAACUUUGCGAGUACAUGUAUAAGCCUGUGGAAUCUGCAUUGAAGGUGACAAUUCGGAUGCCUCCUACUGAAGUAUCAUUACCUGAAGAAAAGGAUUCCACGCCAGACGAAAAGCCAACGCAAUCGACACCAUUGCUUCGAAUCAGUAUUGCUAAGCCUAUCCAGAAAGAGACGUCAACUGAAAAUGAGCCUCCAAAGAAGAAUAUCAUCCGAGUCAAAGCUGAACCGAAAAAGACUGCACCAAUGUCACCACCGCCUUCGUCUACAACAUCUCCCGAACCCAUUCAACCCACAGCUCCAGCCACACCAAAAGCCCUAUCCGCAGAUCAACGGCGAGACUGUCAGCGUAUCUUGGGCAAGCUUCAAAAGCAUCGUUCUGCUCUUCUCUUUCUUCAACCGGUUGAUGAAAAUCUUGAUGGUGCCCCAGAUUACUACCAGAUUAUAAAGCACCCAAUGGAUCUCGGGACAGUCAAGACAAAGGUGGAAAGGAACAUAUAUACCUCCUUUGAUGAAUUCGAACAUGAUAUCCGCCUAAUCUUCAACAAUUGCUAUCUAUACAACAGGCCAGGAACUUUCGUCUACAACGAGGGGCAGGCACUCGAAUCAAUCUUUGAUGAUGAACUUGUCGAACUUCGUGGCAAAGAGAAAGUUCAAAACAUUACCAUUGUCGAAGCUCCCACGCAGAAUCUUACACUUGUACAUAAACCCGAGUCGGAGCCAGAGCAGAAGAGCGACAUGGAAAAAUGUGCCAUUAUACUUUCCAGCGUUAUGGAGAAUCCGCAUGCGUUUGAGUUUUUACGGCCAGUAGAUCCUGUCAAACAAGGAAUCCCACAAUACUUCAAUGUGAUCAAACAUCCCAUGGAUCUAGGCACUGUAAAGGCGAAGCUUCGCAAUCAUCAAUACAAAACUCCGGACCAAUUUGACCAGGACGUACGCUUGAUGCUCAACAACUGCUACAAGUUUAAUCCGCCGCAGACAUACGUGUACAAUGAAGCACGGCAACUUGAAGAAGCUUACUCUGAGGAAUGGUCUCGAUGGUUUGGGAAUAAGCGGAAAGCAGAAGACAUGUCUCAUUCUCAUGUGCCUGAAAAUAUCAACCUUGGCCUAUCACCCAUCUCCCAAGAUGAUGAGAAUACAGAAAUACAAGGCCGCACUAAACGUCGCUGUGAACGCAUUUUGGACAAGUUGUGGAAUCACGAAGCAGCCACACCAUUUCAGCAUCCAGUGGACACAAUCGCACUCAAUAUCCCCGAUUACCAUGAGAUAAUUAAGCGCCCCAUGGAUCUAUCAACAAUCAAGCGUAAUCUAGCAAAGAACAAGUACACGAAUCUUAAGGAGUUCGAAAUGGAUGUGCGUCAAAUAUUUUGGAAUUGUAAUCGAUACAACAAUGCGUCCUCUGUUAUUGGUCAGCUGUCGAAAUCUCUGGAAGCUUAUUUCAACAAACAAUGGGCAAACAAGUUUGGUGUUCCUGGCAAAUUGGAAGGAAAAGAGUUGGAUCUUGCUCGACAAGUUGUUAGCAAGCUACAUUCGCAUGAUGCUGGAACGAUAUUCCAUGAACCUGUGGACGCUAGCCUCUUUCCAGAUUACCCAACGAUUGUAGAGAAGCCGAUCGAUUUACGGACCAUAUCAGAAAAACUGGAAUCGGGUCAAUACAAUAGCCUGCAGCAAGUGGAUGAUGAUUUGAUACUCAUGUUCAACAACUGCUACAGCUACAAUGCUCCAAUUACGUUUGUUCAUCAACAAGGCAAACGACUUGAACGUUACUACAAGAAUAAUUGUGGCAAGGAGAUGCGGAAUCGUAUCCACGGUGUUGUUGAGCAACCGACUACGAAGCAAAAAAAGACGAAAAAAAGAAAGAUUCAAUAA